AUAGUAACUCUUCAGCUCUGUCUCCCUUGCUCUCAGCUCUCAGGUUCCGCUGCCACCCGCCGCCCCGCCUGCGCUCGCUCGACCCGGGAGCCCCGGCCGCCUCCUUGAGGGGUCGCCUCGCCGGACAAACCCCAGACAAGGUCCCGUUUGCGACCCGCUACGUGGUGACUUCUCCCCGGGCCAGCGGGGGAGCCGCUCGCGGAGCUCAGCUCGCAGGGCGUCUGCGCUCCUCGCCUCACCCUCGCCUCCUGAGCACCAGUCUGCCGCGGGCCAGUCCGGCAGGUGACGCGGACCCCUCCGCACCGGGUCCCCGCUGGAACUGCCGAGGCGCCUCCCCCAGGAGCUGGAUCCCGGCCAGUCGGGCGUUCCCGCCAUGAACCAGAGCCCAGCGUUCCAGCCCGGGAGGGGAGGCUCUCCCGGGGUGGCUACCCGGGCCCGUGCGCGGCGCAACGAGAGCCAAGACUAUCUGCUCAUGGACUCGGAUCUGGGAGACGACGGCUGUCCGCAGCCCCCCCUGCCUCCCUACGGCUACUACCCUUGCUUUUGGGGCACAGACAAUAGAUUGACCCACCGGCGGCAGACAGUUCUCCGUGAGAAGGGGAGAAGGUUAGCUAACCGAGGACCAGCAUACAUGUUUAAUGAUCACUCAACAAACCUAUCUAUUGAGGAGGAACGCUUUUUAGAUGCAGCUGAAUAUGGCAACAUCCCAGUGGUAAGGAAGAUGUUAGAAGAAUGCCUCUCACUCAAUGUUAACUGUGUGGAUUACAUGGGCCAGAAUGCCCUGCAGCUGGCAGUGGCCAAUGAACAUCUGGAAAUUACAGAACUUCUUCUCAAGAAAGAAAAUCUGUCUCGUGUUGGGGAUGCCUUACUUUUAGCCAUUAGUAAAGGUUAUGUUCGGAUUGUGGAAGCCAUUCUCAGUCAUCCAGCUUUUGCUGAAGGCAAGCGGUUAGCAACCAGCCCCAGUCAGUCUGAACUCCAGCAAGAUGAUUUUUAUGCCUAUGAUGAAGACGGAACACGGUUCUCCCAUGAUGUGACUCCAAUCGUUCUGGCUGCCCACUGCCAAGAAUAUGAAAUUGUGCACACCCUCUUGCGGAAGGGUGCUCGUAUUGAACGGCCUCAUGACUAUUUCUGCAAGUGCAGCGAAUGCAACCAGAAACAGAAGCAUGACUCCUUCAGCCAUUCCAGAUCUAGAAUUAAUGCCUACAAAGGCCUGGCAAGCCCAGCUUACCUGUCAUUGUCUAGUGAAGAUCCAGUCAUGACAGCUUUAGAGCUUAGCAAUGAGCUGGCAGUGCUGGCCAACAUUGAGAAAGAGUUCAAGAAUGACUACAAAAAACUGUCAAUGCAGUGCAAAGAUUUUGUUGUUGGACUCCUCGAUCUGUGCAGAAAUACCGAAGAAGUAGAGGCCAUUCUGAACGGGGAUGUUGAAAUACACCACAGUGGUGGAGAUCACGGUCGUCCAAAUCUCAGCCGUUUAAAACUUGCCAUUAAAUAUGACGUAAAAAAAUUUGUAGCUCAUCCAAACUGUCAACAGCAGCUUCUGUCCAUAUGGUAUGAGAACCUUUCCGGUUUGCGGCAGCAGACCACGGCAGUCAAGUUUCUUGUGGUCCUCGCCGUUGCCAUCGGACUGCCUUUCCUGGCUCUCAUUUACUGGUUUGCUCCAUGCAGCAAGAUGGGGAAGAUAAUGCGUGGUCCAUUCAUGAAGUUUGUAGCACAUGCAGCCUCCUUCACCAUUUUUCUGGGGCUACUAGUCAUGAAUGCAGCUGACAGAUUUGAAGGCACCAAACUCCUUCCUAAUGAAACCAGCACAGAUAAUGCAAAACAGCUGUUCAGGAUGAAAACCUCCUGCUUCUCAUGGAUGGAGAUGCUCAUUAUUUCCUGGGUAAUAGGCAUGAUAUGGACUGAAUGUAAAGAAAUUUGGACUCAAGGCCCCAAGGAGUACUUGUUUGAGUUGUGGAAUAUGCUUGAUUUUGGAAUGUUGGCAAUCUUUGCAGCAUCAUUCAUUGCAAGAUUCAUGGCAUUUUGGCAUGCUUCCAAAGCCCAGAGCAUCAUUGAUGCAAAUGAUACUUUGAAGGAUUUGACAAAAGUCACAUUGGGAGACAAUGUGAAAUACUACAAUUUGGCCAGGAUAAAGUGGGACCCCUCUGAUCCUCAAAUUAUAUCUGAAGGUCUUUAUGCAAUUGCUGUAGUUUUAAGUUUCUCCAGAAUAGCCUACAUUUUACCAGCAAAUGAAAGCUUUGGACCUCUGCAGAUAUCGCUUGGAAGAACAGUGAAAGACAUCUUCAAGUUCAUGGUCAUAUUCAUCAUGGUGUUUGUGGCCUUUAUGAUUGGAAUGUUCAACCUCUAUUCCUACUACAUUGGUGCAAAGCAAAACGAAGCCUUCACAACAGUGGAAGAGAGUUUUAAGACCCUGUUUUGGGCUAUAUUUGGACUUUCUGAAGUGAAAUCAGUGGUCAUCAACUAUAAUCACAAAUUCAUUGAAAACAUUGGUUAUGUUCUUUAUGGAGUCUAUAAUGUUACAAUGGUCAUUGUUUUGCUAAAUAUGUUAAUUGCAAUGAUCAACAGUUCAUUCCAGGAAAUUGAGGAUGAUGCUGAUGUGGAGUGGAAAUUUGCAAGGGCCAAACUUUGGUUUUCCUACUUUGAGGAGGGAAGAACUCUUCCUGUUCCCUUCAACCUGGUGCCAAGUCCAAAGUCCCUGUUUUAUCUCCUACUGAGGCUUAAAAAAUGGAUUUCUGAGCUGUUCCAGGGUCAUAAAAAAGGUUUCCAGGAGGAUGUGGAAAUGAACAAGAGAAAUGAAGAAAAGAAAUUUGGAAUUCUGGGAAGUCAUGAAGACCUUUCAAAAUUAUCACUUGACAAAAAACAGUUUGGACAUAGUAAACAAUCAAGCUUAAGAAGUUCAGAAGAUUUCCAGUUAAACAGUUUCAAUAAUCCUCCAAGACAAUAUCAGAAAAUAAUGAAGAGGCUCAUUAAAAGAUAUGUAUUACAAGCCCAGAUAGAUAAGGAGAGUGAUGAAGUGAAUGAAGGGGAACUGAAGGAAAUUAAACAAGACAUCUCAAGUCUCCGCUAUGAACUUCUUGAAGAAAAAACUCAAAAUUCAGAAGACCUGGCAGAACUUAUUAGAAAACUUGGGGAGAAAUUAUCAAUGAAACCAAAUCAAGAGGAAAGCAAUAGAUAAUGCAAAGUCUUUCUUUAAAAUUCAUAUUUAUUUGUCCACUUGAAGCCAUGUUAUUUUCUGAUUUAUUUUUUUAAGUGCCAAUAUGACCAGCUUUUAAAGAAGAAAAAGUUCAAAGAUAACUUGGGUCAUCCUAUUAUUUGGAACUCUACUAUUUAAUACUUUGGGUGAUUAAAUUUCAUUAUUCAGGCUAAAAGUUUGCAGAUUAUGAUAAAAAUCAUGCCCAGUUGUUUUGUGCUUGUUUUGUAAACUGCUUUCUUGGGUACAACUAUGAUGAUGAUGUAAUUGCCAUGUAGUGCCUGCCUGGGAAUCAUUUUAGCUGGCAGGGCAGACACCAUAUUGUGGUAUUUCCCCGAUGGAGAUUCAGGUACCUUCUUGCCUGCUCUAUGGAUCCCUUGCUGGUGACUUCCAGACUUGAAAUCUAGAGAAAAAUAAUCUCUUGCCAUUUAGAGAAUACUCUUUAAUCAUCUACCCUUGUUAGCCCCCACAGAAUAUGAUUGAUAAUAUCUGUGCAAAAUGGGGUUAAAUCUUUCCUAAAUUUUCUGCAUCUCUUUGAAAAUGUUACACUUACCAGUGAAAAAGUGUUUCCUUCACUGAACUCUGGAAACAUUGUUCAGUUCUGUCUGUGUGUGUGUGUGUGUGUGUGUGUGUGUGUUUGCACAUGUGCAUGUGAAAUACUUGUCCUAUUUUCUUUUGCAGCCAAUACAGAUACUCAAAAGCUCUUUAUAUUAUACUUUUUAUUGUACAAUGUACAAUUUUUUAUUUUAUUGAAAAAUUAUUGGCCAAAUAAGAACACUUUAUUGGAGAAGUAUCAAAGUCACAAACAAUUAUCGUUACUUGCUUCAAUUAUAGCACAAUUUUUGUUCCAUUUCCAAGAGGCUUCACAGGUGAAUUCCUAUGUUUGGCCUCAAAUGUAAAGGAAAAAAUGCGUUGAGGGAACUUGCAAAUACUUAGUAUGUCCUACCCUCCUCUCAAAAUAUAUAAAACAGGAAUUUGAAUUCAUGAGCAUUUACCAAGAGGUAAGUUUACUAUUACUUACUGAUGAUGUGAGGCCAUAUCUAAAACAACUAAAGGAAAGAAAUGAAGGUUCACUAUUCAGCUACCCAAAGACUGUCAACAUUUGGAUGAUGCUGAGCAUUGACUGGAAGUGUUGCUUUAAAUUCAAGCAAAUUUUAAAUUUCAUUUUCAAGAUAAAAUGGUCACAGAGAAUCUAUUUAGCCCCAACUUUGUUUACAUCAAAAAACCUUUAUGUAACCAGAUCAGAAAAUAUAGCUGAGAUUUUUAUAUACAGUGAUUUUGUGUUUAUGGUUAUUACUUAUUGACAAAUUAUUUAGUGAUACAGGAAAGGUCUGUUUUCAAAUGUUUUGUGACAACAUUUGAAUCCGAAAUUUUAAAAAUCCACCUCAAAACCAAAUGCACUAUCUGCAAAUUAAAAUAAUCUAAAUGCAUGAAGCUUGUGUGUCAUGCCACGCAAGAGAUUGGCCUCCAAGCCAAGAAGCGCUCUAUGACAGCAAAUGGGCUUGACUCCAGAAGAUUCUGGAAAAGGUAUUUCGAUUUCUCAGCAUCUUUUAAGUUGGGUUGACUUGACAAGAUGUAAGUUUUAGGAAAUGCAACAGGCAUGACGAUGAGUUCCUCUGUAAAAGGCACUGCCAUCAAGUGCCACCUGGUAUUGUUCAAAAUUAAAUGUCCUGAAGUCAACACAUUUUCCUUGAAGUGUAGCUGAAUUGGCAUCUCUUCUAAUUUCCUUUUAAUUGGAAGAUGAAAAGACGACUCAAGCAUAUUUUAAGAAAGGCUUUAAAAAUUCCAGCAAGAACUUAAUUCAAGGCAUAUUGGCAAAGGAUUGUCAAAGCACAAUGAUCCUUCGAAUAUCUCAAGACCACUAGCUUUAAAUCCGGUAUUCAUGUUGCAGUAAGCUUAAUCUUUUAAAAUUAGGUGGUUAAGAAAUUUAAAUGUGUUUAUCCAAACUGCUGUCUCUCAUAUUUCUCCUCUGUGGUUUGGUGCUUACUGGAAUUUUGGGUGCCAUAAGGAGGACAGAACAAUAUCUGGCACUCUGACCAUACAGCUACUCCCUGAUGGCCAAGCCCUGCCCACUCCUCAUGGCAGACCAUCCACCAAAGAGCAAAAUGAAGCCC